GCCGCAUUUCUCGUUUCAACAUAACUUUUGUUUCUGGUUGACGCAACAUAUCUUUUCGCUGCACACCCCAGAUUGUGCCUCCUUGAUUUUGGUCUUUUUUAUUAUUUUCCCCUCUCUUUUUUUUUACAUCGGAUGGUCGGCAACAUUUCUUCUCAUCGGCUUACACGGAGUCUUUCUUUGGCUUCGGUUCAUGCUGCGUCUGUUUAUUUUUUCUUUCACUCUCUCAUUGCAGACGUAAUCAUACGAGAGAAUGGCGACGGCAAGAGACAUACAUUUUCCUGCAGCCCCUAUCUCCUGCGUGAAAAAGGAAUGAGCAAAAAUGACAGCGACAGCGACGACGAUAUCGGAAGCGUCAAAUUUUCUUUUUUCUUAUACACAUUUUCUCAAAUUGAAGAGCGUCCGAUUUUGGAGGGCCCCUUGGCUACGCAUGGGUCCCUCCGAACCGGUUCCUGGGCAUACCCCCCAUCUUUCAAACGAAUUUAACUUUGGAUCACAUCACUCGGAACUACCUACAUAUUACGGACUGAAACGACAGACGCUGUCAACGUAGCUCUUGACGACUUAAAGACUUUAGGCACAUGCGAUGGAUAUACCCCGCGAGGCUGUGUGUGUGUAUGAUGUUGUGAUGAGCUUGAAUCGGCGGCGCUGCUCUUGGGGCUGCACACAGUAUUGCUUGUCGUUGAGCUAAUGCGGGUCUCGGGGUU